GUUGCGGCGUCGAUGAACGUGAUGACGUAGUUGAAGUCGGCUUCGGUGUCGUCUCGAGGCAUGUUUAGAAUAUCGCUGUAGACUUUUUCCAUCGGAGCGUAAGUGGGUGCGCUUGGAUUGUGAUGGGCUUGGAAAGGUUGAUGAGGAAGAUCUGCUUCGGGGCAUGUGAAACACCGUGCGCGUGGUCGUCGGAGUUCCUGGCCGUUCGUCGUCAGAAGGGCGUUGCGUUCUAACACCUCUGCUUGGAUUGUUUGAAGUAUCGUGCUGUUUGCAGGAUGUCCGAGACGUUGGUGCCAGAUGUCGUCGGGAGCGCGGUGGCCGGGCGAGCGGUGGUAGAUGUCGGCGUUGGAGAAGAACGCGACGACUGAGGCGGGACUUCGACAAGCUUCUCGUGUGGCGGGCAUAAGUUGGUCUGCUUCCGUUGGCGGUCCUCGUGUUGAUGGUGGUGGUACUCGGCUGGGUCCUGCUGCUGAUACUGCAGGUAUGGUGUUGGAGUGCCAGAAGCCGUCACUGUCGAAGUCGGGGUCAAGAUCCGGCGGGUGAGUCCAGGCGGCGAACGAUACGAUGCCAUCGCUGUCGGCAGUUCCGCGGUCGGGGACGAAGUCCAACACGAAGACACCGGACUUCAGGAGGGCACGACCGAUGAAGAGGCCGCCCUUCCCGUGGUUUUCGUUGUUGGCGACGGUGAUGACGACGUCGCGGUUGAGUCGUUUCUCCUGUUGUACGAAGCGUCCCGAGGAGCACAUGUGUUGACCGCAGCAGCUGUCCAAGAACCAGGUGUUUCGCCCGGUGGGUUCGGCGUUGGCGACCGCAGCGUAUGUCGGGUUGACCUGAAGUCCUUGUGAGCGCGGCGGCGGGAAUUCCUCUUCGUCUGAUGUUGAAGAGCGCCUUGGGGAACUUGCUUGAGUGGAAGCAACUUGUGGGUCUGCUGCUCGGUAAACGCGAGGGCGGUUGCAGUUGACUUUGGAGUGUCCGGAAGUCUGGCAGUUGUGGCAGAACGGCGGCACGAUGAUCCAUCUCCUGUUGUUCAGCGUGAAGCUCGGCGCAGAGGUGCAUCUCCGAGAUCCUUCCGUGGCCGCGAAGAAGCGAUCGUGUGGUUCUCCAUUCUGGUCCGAGCCCGGCGAGGACAAGUGUGACGAAGCUUUCUUCAGUGAUCGUUCCUCCGCACCGAAGCAGGCGGUCGCGCAGGGUCUGGCAGCGACUCAUAUACUGCAUCGCCUUUUCCCCGGUCUUCAUCUGUAUUGUUGUCAGCUGUUGCAUGAGUCUGCUUUGUGUCACGCUGUCGUUUGCUUGGUAGAGGCAUUUGAGAUGAUGCCAUGCGAGUUCCGCGGAGUUUCCAUAACUCCGAUACGUUCUGAUGCUCUGCUGCUCUUGUGGUGACAGGUUCCGCAGGAGGACUGUAUACGCCAGUAGCGACUGAUACGUGAAGAUCUCUUGUUCCUUUCCAGUGCCGUUGCUUGGGAAUGGCAGGGACCCGUUGAAGUAUCCCAGAAGAUGCGCGGCCUCCAUCAGCAGCUCGAACUCGAAGCUCCAGCUGCUGUUGGUUGGGCGCGGGGCGGCAUGAACUCGAACGUUCCCGGUGAAGAAUGAUAAGGCGCAAAGGUGUCCUUCCAUACAGGCGCGUUCACUCUAGAGCCGGAACUGACAGCAGACCCCUUUCUCCGACCCCACUAGAGCCGCCUUUCGCGAGCAGCCAUGGCUCUCGCAGACCAUUCCCUCGCCUCGCGUCGCGACCACGUCGCGAGAUCUCUAAGCGGCUUCUCUCUGCUUCGCGACGCCGCGCAUUCCGGUCACUCGAACCAAGUGCUCCCAUCCGGCACUGUCUGCGAUGAUAACAGUCGCGAUUCAAGCGGCCAAGGUGGCUCCAUUAGCGCCAGCGCAAUAGUCAGCAGCGGCAGCGCGUUGUUUCGAGACGGCGGGUCGUUGCAGUCCCACAUGGCCGCAGCACUGGCGACAGCAAAGAAACCGCUCGGAGAAGUCCUCAAAGGCGGAGGAGCGGAGAAACGGGGAGCUGGGGAAUGGCGGAAGGAAGGGGGGAGGGGAAAAUGGCGGGCUGAAGAGAGAAGACUCGAAUUCCACUCAAGAUUCCUCGCCCUCCUCCCCUCCCUCCCUCUCCUCACUCUCUCCUUCCUCCUGGCUUCCACUCCCCCUCUCCUCCCAAACAUCUCCCUCUCCUGCCACGUCACCAGUACGACUCCUCACUCAGUUCAGACUCCUUUCGGGUAGCAAAAACUUUGGCCAAUCUGCCCGCACUGUUCAACCAAAUGACACUGUUCAUCCGGGCGGCUUCUGGGAGAGGCUAGCGCAGGGAGUCUGGUGGCCGGCAGGGGAGCAGACAGCAGAGGUGGAGUUGUCUGGAGU